GAGCGAAUGAGAGAGAGAGAUGGAGAGAGAGAAAGGGGGAAAGGGAGAGACAGAGAGAGAGAAAGGGAGAGACAGAGAGAGAGGUCUGACUGCCUUGCAUAACACACGUUGGAGCAGCUUUGCACGCAGGACUUCAUGUGAUUCUUCAACCAGGGGGACUUCCUCUAUCGCUGGCUCAUCACAGAGCCUUACGGCUGGGUGUACAUGUUCACCCUCUCUCCCGGACGGACCCUGCCUGGAGCCUGGAGGAAAACAGGGCUGGAGCAGAAAAAUGACUGGCUCUGAAAAAUAGACCUGCACAAAGGAGACGUAGAGAAAAAGGAUUUCCCUAUAGGAAUACGUAGUGUAGAAGCUACACAGGCAAGAGGAAGCCUGACAAUGCUCUGCCAGCUGUGGCUGUGUACAGCCUGAUUUAGAGCUGGCGGACGUUGUGGAGGCCGGUGGUUAGUCAGAGAUGAUUCCUCAUGAAGUCCAUGGAGCCAUCCUCUCUGUCGCCUGGCAGACGUCCCUCUGCCCUCUCUAGACUACUGAGUCCAGGACACACAGUCACACAGUGAAGACCUGAAAGAGACCUGAUAGAGCCCACGACAACACUGACAGAGAGAGAGAUGUUUCCCAUGCCAAUAAAGCCCUUAAAUUGAAUUGAAAUUGAGAGAGAAACAGAGAUAGGGACAAAGAGAGAGAGAAACAGUAGGUUCACAAAACCUACUUGAGAGACAAACAAAGCGUUAAAACCAACCAUGAAAUCCAACCAGGAGAGGAGGCAUGGCUGUCUACCUCCAAAGAAGCGUGAGAUCCUAGCCCUGGAGCAGAAGCCUGUGGUGGUAACAGCAGCAGCUGAGAUCCUGGCUCUGGAGCAGAGGCCUGUGGUGGUACCAGCAGCAGCUGCAGCCUCAGCAGACACUACCUUACACACAGAGAACCUGGCUUGGCUGGCUAAUGUAGCCAGCGAACGCUGCAGAUCCACAGAAACUCCCAGCCCCAGGUUUCAUGUCUCAUCGUCCUCCUCUUCAUCCCCCUCCCCUUCUGCUACCUCUCUGUCUACGAUCCCCCUGUCCUCUCUCUCCACUGUCUACCCCACUGGGGUGGGGCUCAGCCAACAGGGCGGGACAAUCCAGUACGCCCAGCUGGCCCCUAACCUCCAGUUCAUUAGCUCGGGGCCGUACACUGGCUACAUCUCCUCUCAGAUCAUCCAGUCCCCUGCCACCAGUGUAGCCACCUCCACAGGGCAACAGCGCCACCAUCUGGAUGGCCACUGCUACACCGCCGCCCUCAUCUCCCAGGCCACCAAGGUUUGUGACCAUCAGAACCAGCUCCAGAUAGGGCUGCCGUCUGACCUGGCUGUGUCCGUUGGAGGGUCUACCGUCUCCCUGCCGACCUCCACCCACUUCACCAGUACCCACCAGUACAUCCAGCUGGACAGCAGCAGCCCUCUGAGCGUCCCCUCCCCUACCCAGGUCCACCUCCAGCCUCUCCAGCUCCACACCCACCCUGGGGUGGGCCUCCUCCCCCACACCCUCACCCUCGCCCCCUCCCAGGUGCUGGUCCAGUAUGCGGAUGGGUUAGGGGUCAACAAAGCUGAGGGCGGACACACCAAGGUGGUGCAGCUGAAUGGAGAGCUGGAGAGGAGUUUCGGUAAACAGAGCUGUGCUGGCAUCAAAGGAACCUCCUACUCUAACCAGAACAAUCAGCAGGUUCACCAUGGAUAUGAAGCUCGACACAUCCUCAUUCCCGCAGACUACACUACCCAGGAUUCCACAGGACUACAAACCUCCCUGGUGCUGGUAGCAAAUGCCCAGCCCCACCCCCACCCCCACCCUACCAGAGGUGCUGAGCAGGACAAGGUCCAGGUCCACCCAUCACUAAUACACAGUGAGGGAGGAGGUAUCUGUCUAGGGAAACCUGUCUCUAGAACCUCCUCUUUCACCUCACUCAAUUCCUCCGAGGCUCUGAAGGUCUCUUCUGCCCCUCACACGGUUAUCCAGACCACCCACCACUCUGACCAGCAUGUACACAGCCUGUACUCCACCACCCAGGCACCAAUCAUUGGCUACAUCGCCAGGACAGGUAACCAGCAUGGCGUCAGCUACGCCACCCUGCCGCAGCACCUGGUCAUCCCGGACGGCCAGUCCCUCCAGUCUCUCCUGAUACCCGUUAACGGAGUCGGUGACGUUACCACCACUACGGACCUUGAGGCUGCCUGCUCGGUGACCGCCAGGACAGCCAGCACCACCGCCAGCACCACCGUCUCUCAGCUGGCUCCAGCGACCGUAUCCCUCCCCCGCCACACCUACCUCACCGCGUCCCCCUCCCCUGCCCCAGCCCUAGCUCCCGCCCCUGUCCAGGCCUCCCCCUCUGUCUCCUCUUCCCUUUCCUCCUCUCCAGCCCUAGCUCCCGCCCCUGUCCAGGCCUCCCCCUCUCUCUCCUCUUCCCUCUCCUCCUCUCCAGCCCUAGCUCCGGCCCCUGUCCAGGCCUCCCCCUCUCUCUCCUCUUCCCUCUCCUCCUCUCCAGCCCUAGCUCCGGCCCCUGUCCAGGCCUCCCCCUCUCUCUCCUCUUCCCUCUCCUCCUCUCCAGCUCUAGCUCCCGCCCCUGUCCAGGCCUCCCCGUCUCUCUCCUCUUCCCUCUCCUCUUCCCUCUCCUCCUCUCCAGCCCUAGCUCCGGCCCCUGUCCAGGCCUCCCCCUCUCCCUCCUCCUCUCCAACCACGCUCCCACCGUUCUUCAUGCGUGGCUCCAUCAUCCAGCUGGCGGAUGGGGAGCUGAAGCGAGUGGAGGACCUGAAGACGGAGGACUUUAUCCAGAGUGCUGAGAUCAGCAGUGAGCUGAAGAUUGACUCCAGCACUGUGGAACGCAUCGACACAGGCCAGACACCCAACGCUGUCAUCAUACAGUUCGGUGUCGGGGAACACAAAGCACAGGUGUGUGUGGAGGUGCUGUUAGAGUACCCGUUCUUUGUGUUCGGCCAGGGCUGGUCGUCCUGCUGCCCUGACCGGACCACUCAGCUGUUGGAGCUGAGCUGUGCCAAGCUGUGUGUUGGGGACGUGUGUGUCUCCCUGACCCUCAGGAGCCUGAGGGGUGGCGGCGGCUCUGUAUCUGGGAGGAACCACAGCAGCCAGGGUCACGAGGUCAAGCUGAGGCACAGCCACAACACUGGGGACAUCACACAGGGGUCUAACCGCCAGGGGAACAGUCAGGGGAAUAGCCAGAGUAAUGGUCAGAGUAUUGAUCAAAUCAACAGUCCAAUAAAUAGUCAGAGCAACGGUCAGAGCGACGGUCAGAGCGACGGUCAGAGCGACGGUCAGAGCGACGGUCAGAGCGACGGUCAGAGCGACGGUCAGAGCGACGGUCAGAGAGACGGUCAGAGCGACGGUCAGAGCGACGGUCAGAGCGACGGUCAGAGCGACGGUCAGAGCGACGGUCAGAGUAUGGACAAGGACUUUAGGAACAGUUUGAAUGCUGCAGGCAGCAACAGUGUCUUCCUGGUGCAGGUGGGCAAAACAGACAGGUUGAAUAAGGAGGACAGGUGCGUUCCCUGCUGUGUGGACCAGGUGACAGAAUCUGGACUGAGACCCGGAUCUGGACCAGGGGUCUACGGAACUGGAGUUGGACCCAGGAGUACCUCGAACCUGCAGGCUGUCUCAGGCAAUGGAGAGAUGAGAGACAGAGAAAAUGUAGAGAUAAUAGGGAGAGACAAUGGAGAAAUGCGAGAGAGAGAACAGAAUAGCCACAUGCCCCCUCCGCCCCUCAAGACAGAAGUGGGUGAGGCAGACAAAGAAAAACCCUGGGGUCGUAAGAGGAGGUGGUCUGCUCCAGAGAGAGAUCAGACAGAGCGGGCGGACGAGGAACCCCCUUUGACUCUGCCAAAACCCUCUUUUAUAACUCAGCAGGUCAAACUCUCCAUCGAGGGAAGGUCAAAUGUUAGUCGUUGAAGGAGCUGGAGUGCUGUACGGGAGGUAGGGAACAUAGUUUUAUAUGUUUGUAACGUUGUUAGUGUUGUUUGGUUUAAUCUAUCUAUCCACAUUAAUGGAAAGGAUUUGUUUACCUUGUAUAUACAUGUUUUAUGAUUCUAUUUCUAUGGAAGGAACCUUGUUGUCUCUGUGUUUGACCCACUGUCUGCGAGGCCAGUCUCUCUCCAGAACACAGUUAGUGGCCCACUGCCUGGGAGGCCAGUCUCUCUCCAGAACACAGUGAGUGGCCCACUGCCUGGGAGGCCAGACUCUCUCCAGAAUACAGUUAGUGGCCCACUGCCUGGGAGGCCAGUCUCUCUCCAGAACACAGUUAGUGGCCACAGUUAGUGAACACAGUUAGUGGCCCACUGCUUGGGAGGCCAGUCUCUCUCCAGAACACAGUUAGUGGCCCACUGCCUGGGAGGCCAGUCUCUCUCCAGAACACAGUUAGUGGCCCACUGCCUGGGAGGCCAGACUCUCUCCAGAACACAGUGAGUGGCCCACUGCCUGGGAGGCCAGUCUCUCUCCAGAACACAGUGUGUGGCACACUGCCUGGGAGGCCAGACUCUCUCCAGAACACAGUGAGUGGCCCACUGCCUGGGAGGCCAGACUCUCUCCAGAACACAGUGAGUGGCCCACUGCCUGGGAGGCCAGACUCUCUCCAGAACACAGUGAGUGGCCCACUGCCUGGGAGGCCAGACUCUCUCCAGAACACAGUGAGUGGCCCACUGCCUGGGAGGCCAGACUCUCUCCAGAACACAGUUAGUGGCCCACUGCCUGGGAGGCCAGACUCUCUCCAGAACACAGUGAGUGGCCCACUGCCUGGGAGGCCAGUCUCUCUCCAGAACACAGUGUGUGGCCCACUGCCUGGGAGGCCAGACUCUCUCCAGAACACAGUGAGUGGCCCACUGCCUGGGAGGCCAGACUCUCUCCAGAACACAGUGAGUGGCCCACUGCCUGGGAGGCCAGACUCUCUCCAGAACACAGUGAGUGGCCCACUGCCUGGGAGGCCAGACUCUCUCCAGAACACAGUGAGUGGCCCACUGCCUGGGAGGCCAGACUCUCUCCAGAACACAGUUAGUGGCCCACUGCCUGGGAGGCCAGUCUCUCUCCAGAACACAGUGAGUGGAUACUGUAGCUAGCAGAUGGUUGACCUGGAAAGGUUUGAAUUUACUAAACCAUGAGAUUUGUCCUCUAUAUUGACCUAUAAAGUGAAUUAUGCAUGUGUGAGUUAUAUUAAUUGAUAGUACCUACCUACCUAGUUAGAAUACAACCCUCUACUGCUCAUCGUUACCCUCAGUCAUCAGAACCCCCACCCCCCAUAUAUUUGAGGACAUGUUUUAUGUGAUGAAAUGUAGUUUCUUUUUGUUGCCUCAUGGCAACGAUGUGCAGUUAGGCUACUUUAAAGGGCAAUACAAUGCUGAAUGAUAGACAUGUAGAUUCCCAGACAAUGGACCCAGGGACAUUCUAUGAGCCAAAGCAACCUAAUUGAGCAGUUAAGAUCAUACCCUCUGAUUGUGAGGACAGUCCCAGCGAGGAAGAAUGGACCUCAGAAUCAGGUUUGAGAGGCAGUGAAAUACUAGUUUAGGGAAACGCUUUCACUAUCAGCUUUUCCAUGGUGUUAUAGUAAGUACCCUUAUGGCACAGAACGCCUAAAUCUUCCCCCAAAAAAUAGGAUGGAAUAUUUGUUUCAAUGAAAAACCACAAUGUGUGCAGUAAAGGAUUACACAUAUACUGUAUGUAGUGCAUUCCUGAAGUAAUCAGACCCCUUGACUUUUCAUACAUUUUGUUACAUUACAGCCUUAUUCUGAAAUUGAUUUUUCUUUUAAAUCUUCAUCAAUCUACACACAAUACCACAUAAUGACAAAGUGAAAACAGGUUUUUAGACAUUUUUAACCGCUAAAAAACAGUAAUAC